AUGUCCUCGAGCCAGUCCCAGACCAAGACGAAGGGGAAAAAGGAGCCAGUCUCGGACUACGAGUUCCUCAAAGCCUGGGGUGGCUGGCACCAAUUCAUGCUAUCGUACAGCCUAAAGCCUUGGGACGACGACGACGUCCAGGAGGCAAAGGAGAUCAUCAGGCGGCUGAAGGCGAACCAAGAAGAAGAAUGA